AUGACAACAAGAUCGCCAGAAGAGAUAUUGGAGCAUUUGCUCUCAAAGAGAGACGAGCUACAAGGAGACGCGGAAAAGGUUAUCAAAGAGAUCGAGGUGUUCAAAGGAAACGAUGUACGCAAACGCUCCUUGAUCAAGGAGGAGUUGCACAAGAUCAAACCCCAGGUUGUUGUCGAGCUGGGCUCGUAUAUCGGGUACACUGCCAUUGUGAUUGCAGUUGAGCUCCAUGAGAUGCAGUCACGUGCAAAGGUUCAUUCAUUUGACACCAAGAGGGAGUACUGUGAAGCUGCUAAGGCGGUGGUUGAGCUGGCCGGGUUACAGGACCGUGUUAUCAUACACGAGGGCUCUCCGGAUGAGCUGGUUGAGGCGUGGCAGAAGUCCCAUAUCGUUGAGCGUGUCAACUUCAUACUGCUGAACCACAACGAGGGCAACUAUCUGCUGGACCUGAGGGCGCUGGAGUCGCUUGGGCUCAUCAACCCAGGAACCACGGUCAUUGCGGACGACUGCCAUGGAGAUUACAUCAAAUACGUGGAUGCCCCGCCAAUCUGGAGAAAGAAGUAUAACGAGCGUGAGAAGACCAUCGAGUACCGGUUCACCGGGAAAUGGGGCAUCACCUAUAGCAACACCACGAGGAAGAUGGACGGAGAGGGAUACCCUGAGCAGAUGGUGAUCAGCAAGUGCACCAACGUGCUGUGCUAGUGUUGAACAACAGAGCCGCAUGUAUUCGGUAUAUACUUUAUCAUAACGGUAUUAAGGCCCCGUUCCAGGCCAUUAAGAACAGAGAAAGAGAGAAAGAGAUCAAGAGAAAGAGAAAGAAAAGGUUCAGCUUUGAACAAACUGCUCGCUGGCGUAGACGUAGUUGUCAAUCACCAGCUUGAACGUAUCGUUGUGCUUGUCGUAGUCCACAACCUUGACGCCCGUGAGGUCUGGCACCACGAUAUCAGCACCAAAGCCCUU